AUGGUAAAGGAACAUAUGACCAGAUAUGAACAACAUGCAAUUCCGCAAGAAUAUGGAGAGGAGUAUGCAGAAAUUUUUAUCAAGGCUACAGAACCAGAACCGGAGCCAACAGUGAGCGAUGUUGAUGAUCAAGAAUCAAAACAUUUAGGAGACAAUAAGAAUAAUACUAUUAAAUCAGACAAAAAAAGUGUUUCAAAAUCUUCUAAAAUUCUUAAUAACAAACAAACUAAUAAUAACAAUAAUAAUAAAGACAACUGUAAUGACACUAAGACAGUCAAAAACGACAAAAUAAAAUCUGAGGAAAUUAAAAAGUCUGUACGGAAAAUGUUAUCAGAUAAAACACGUGCUCCAACAAAGAGUCCAAAUAAAAUUUGUCAGCUAUUGACACUGUCAAAAGAUCUGUGA